AUGUUUCUGCCAAUUAUUUUAUUAUUCUCAAUUUUAUCUCAAGUUCAAUCAGGACCAGUUGGAGGAACUUGUGCAGAUACAAUUGAAUCUGCUUUGUGUCUUGUUGAAUUGAAAGAAGUUGUGGAUACAGUUGGAGCUUUUCACAAAUCAAGUUUCAAAACUGGAUUGAAUGAACUAAAAAAUUCUUGUAAACGAUUCAUUGUUAGUUUUUUUCUCUUUUCAAAGUUCCAACAAAAUAUUCAAAAAUAUUCCAGCCAUGUCAAUCGCCCAUGAAAUGUACUGGUGAGAAAAAACAACUUGUUGACACAUUUGUUGAUUAUUGCAAUUUUAUCGCAUACUUUCAUGUCGAUUUUGUUGAUUGUAUGGGAAAACUCAAGAAAAAGUCAUCGACAUGUUUUAAAAACUGGAAACCAUUCCAUAAAAAACCAGAGAAACCAAGAAGCAAAUCUGAAAUUGAAACAUUGUGCAAAGAUAUUUUGGGAAAAGAUGGAUGCAUCAAAAAUGAAGUGACGGAAUUGUGUGGAGCUUCGACACUUGAAGAAUUGAAAAAACAUAUUGUUUUAGGUGAUAAAGAUUUUAAAACUUGUAAAGUUUAA